UCAUCAUCAUCCCGCAGCGAGCAGCUCUCAUCCUCCUCUCCCCACCAUCGGCACUCGCCACUCUCAUUCCUUUCUCAUUUCCAUUCGCCUCCGCCUCACUCCGAAGGUUUUCUUUUUUCAUUCUAAGGAGGAUCACUUUGGAUUAGCACAGCAAUUUUAUGAUGCACUUUGCCAGGGUGUAGCGCUAUUGCCGGAGGAGGAGUCAUUAUUUCAUCAGCUUUUCACCGUGCCAAAGUAUGAGGCUCUGAUCUGCCACUGAAACCGAGGUUUCCCUGAGCUACAUACAAGAUGUCCACCAUGGUGUAUCCGCGGGAAGAGAAGCUCGAGAAGCUCUCUCAAGAGGAGAUCAUCUCUAACACAAAGCUGGUGAUCCAGGGUCUGGAGGCCCUGAAGAAUGAGCACAACUCCAUCCUCCACAGCCUCCUGGAGACCAUCAAGUGCCUAAAGAAGGAUGAGGAGGCAAACCUGGUGCACGAGAAGUCCAAUCUGCUCCGCAAGUCAGUGGAGAUGAUUGAACUGGGCCUGGGAGAAGCACAGGUCAUGAUGGCCCUGUCCAACCACCUGAACGCAGUGGAGUCAGAGAAGCAGAAGCUGCGUGCCCAGGUGAGGAGGCUCUGCCAGGAAAACCAGUGGCUGCGGGACGAGCUGGCCAACACCCAGCAGAAGCUGCAGAAGAGUGAGCAGAGCGUGGCCCAGCUGGAGGAGGAGAAGAAGCACCUGGAGUUCAUGAAUCAGCUCAAGAAAUAUGAUGAAGACGUCUCACCCACUCAGGAGGAGAAGGACCGAGAAACACCGAAGGACUCCCUGGACGACCUUUUCCCCAAUGAUGAGGAAGAGCAUGGCCAAGGAAUGCAGCACCAACACAACAGUGCAGCGGUGGCUGCGGCCCAGCAGGGAGGCUAUGAGAUCCCAGCCCGCCUGAGGACCCUGCACAACCUGGUGAUCCAGUAUGCCUCCCAGGGCAGGUACGAGGUGGCCGUCCCCCUCUGCAAGCAGGCUUUGGAGGAUUUGGAGAAGACUUCUGGACACGACCACCCCGACGUGGCCACCAUGCUCAACAUCCUGGCUUUGGUCUAUAGGGAUCAGAACAAAUACAAAGAGGCCGCCCAUCUGCUCAAUGAUGCUCUGUCCAUCCGUGAGAAAACCCUGGGCAAAGACCAUCCCGCUGUUGCUGCAACGCUGAACAAUCUGGCUGUGCUGUAUGGAAAGAGGGGAAAGUACAAGGAGGCCGAGCCUCUGUGUAAGAGAGCUCUGGAGAUCAGAGAAAAGGUCCUGGGGAAGGACCACCCAGACGUGGCCAAACAGCUGAACAACCUGGCUCUGCUUUGCCAGAACCAGGGCAAGUAUGAGGAGGUGGAGUACUACUACUGCCGCGCCCUGGAGAUCUAUGAGAGCAGGCUCGGCCCAGAUGAUCCCAAUGUGGCCAAAACCAAGAACAACCUGGCGUCCUGCUUUCUUAAACAGGGGAAAUACAAGGAGGCUGAGAUUCUGUACAAAGAGAUUCUGACUCGUGCUCAUGAGAAAGAGUUUGGAUCUGUUGAUGCCGAAAACAAGCCCAUCUGGAUGCAUGCAGAGGAAAGAGAGGAGAUGAGCAAGGGCAAGCACAGAGACAACACUCCAUACGGGGAGUACGGAGGCUGGUACAAGGCCUGCAAAGUCAACAGCCCUACAGUGAACACCACCCUGAGGAACCUGGGGGCCCUGUACCGCCGACAGGGCAAGCUAGAGGCUGCCGAGACCCUGGAAGAGUGCGCCGUGAGGUCUCGCAAGCAGAGCAACACAGGCAUUGACCCCAUCCACCAGACACGUGUGGUGGAGAUCCUGAAGGAUACAGACGGUGACAGGCGGAGGAGCAGGGACAGCCUGAGCAGCGUUAAGUAUGAGAGCGGCUCUGAGACCGGCGAGGAAGUGAGUAUGGGCGUGGAGUGGAAUGGGGACGGCAGCGGAGCCCUUCAGCGCAGCGGCUCUCUGGGGAAGCUCAGGGACGUUCUACGUCGCAGCAGCGAGCUGCUGGUGAAGAAACUGCAGGGCAACGGCCCACCUGAACCUCGCAACACCAACAUGAAGCGAGCUGCUUCCUUGAAUUACCUGAACAAAACCAGCGAUGACUCGUUUCAGACUCGGGGAGGCAGUAACUUCAGGGAGAGCCGGGGCCUGAGCUCCAGCACUGUGGAUCUCUACACUGGAAACUGAGCAGCAGGCGGUCUAUCUGCUGAUCUGCUCACCGACCCAAAGAGGCUCCUUCCUUCGGCUCCUUCUCUGAACUAUACCCAUCACCAACAACACUACCAGACAGCCUCCCACACACCCUCCCUCUGCCUGUCAGCAUCUGACCCAAAGACUUUGCUGGUCAUCACUACAUAUACGUUAUAACUGGUGUGUCUUUUCCAGUUUGUUUUUAAAUCCAGUUUGUUGCUUUUUUGGUCUUCCAGAGACACAUUGCUGUAAUUUUCCCUAAUCGUGUUCCUAACUUCAGUGUCGCCUCAGUGCCUCCUAAAUGUGGCCAAGGAAACAUACCUCAUGUCCUCCCCCUUAUUCUUAAAUCACUGUGACUCUGCACUUUCACAUCAUCUGUUGCCAUAAUGCCGCCUGUUUUGGUGUAUUUCUCCUGAUGUGGUUUUAAUUUGUUUGUGCUCCUCAGAUGUUUUGUGUCUUCCUUUGCCAUUCAUCAGUUUAUUAGUGCACACUAGAAAAAGAGUCUUUGUAGAUUUCUGUUUUCUCCAAAAAUAUAAAUAUGUCUGUUGGGUUUGAAAUGACAUGAUGUAAAGUUGAUAUGAUUACACUGUUAAAAAACAAAAAACAAAAAUCAUUUUAUUUUCAUUUUAAUGAUUUUGCCUGUUGAGAUUUAUCUGCAAUGUGAGGUGUUGGUCAAAGCUUUGGCAAACAGGGUGAAAUGUUUCUUACUGACAUGAGCCGAGUCAUGUAACCUGUUAGGUAUAACUUUUUGUUCAUACACAGUCUUGGAAAACUAUUAGAAAUUGAAAUGGCUGCUGCUUUAACCUCCAUAGCUUUGAGAUCCAAGUGUGUUUUCCUGCACUUGUUUUUCUUCCAUUGCAGAGCAAACACAUGAGACGUUCAUGGUCUCAGAGUGCUGACAAACACAACCACGAAAAUGUUCAACUUUUUCGAUUGUAUAUAAAAAAUUGAUGAGGCUGAACUGGGUUGCUUAAUUAAUCCUGGACAUCCUGAAUGAUCUCUGGUGCCAUGCAGGACUCACCCGCAGGCUGGCUGUGUCUAUGUGACAGCCCACCUCUGCAGGUUUGAGCUGCCAACUGUGAGCACAUUAUCAUAUAAUGUUUACAGUGAUUAGAGUUUUUGAUACGUGUCUAGAUAUGUGAUGAUGAUAGAUUUUUGCACAAGUGUCAGAUGGGUGUCCUCUGUCUUUGAUUGCAUUUUAGUGAAGCUCAAAAGAACUGGAAUGUCUUGUAAUUAAUUUUUCUGAUUUUCCUUUUCCCCGUGUUUAAUGUGUUCUUCCUUUCAUCAUUUGUAAUAAAUGUAUAAAAUAGAAUCUGAUCAAGAGUUCAUGAAUCGUAGAAUUCAUCAGUAAGCUAGCGGGGAUAGAGUUGAAUGUCGUUGAAAGAAAUGAAUGUGAAUCUGUUUGGAUUUGAUUUUUAAACGAUCCCAUAUGUCAUAUGAUAGCAAAUUGGAACCACUUUCUGAUCUUGAUUCAGAAAUAAAACCAACAAUUUUCUAUUCA